AUGCCCGUCACCGACACAGGGUUCGGUUCCAACAAUCCUUUCCGCCGAACCACGGUCAAGGACCCCUCGUCAACAGCCAUAACAUCCAGCGGACCCACGUCUGUCUCUACCUCUACCUCUACCUCUACAUCUACAUCCACCCCUACGCCCGCGUCCACUUUCCCCAGCUCCGGUUCCAUCUUCUUCGACGGUGCCUCUGCAUCGACAUCUAUAUCUGCCUCUGCCUCACCCUUGAGCUCUGCCUACCGACCGCCCCCGCCUUUCACGACAUUCAGGUCCGCCGGCCCCGAUGCUGGCGAGAGCGGGCGUCGGGUGGACGAGACACCAGCACCCUCCAGGCCGAAGAAGAUCAUAAAGAAAGUGCGCGUGCAAUCGCCGCCGCCAUCAUCGCCCGAGGAUGCCACUCCCGUCGGGAGAUACCCGCCGGAUGAUUACAGCGACAACAGCAGUACCGAUGAGAGGGAGACCGUGGAACACAUCGACCCUUUCAAUAGCGGUCCGAUUAGACCCGAAAAGAAACAUAAUGCCGUCGACGGCGACCCUUGGCCUUCUCUUCCACCUGCGAAUCCAUUCUCCAAGACACUGCAGGACCUGGAACAGAGUGCACAUGAACAAGAAGGCCAGGCACCAGCGGGAGGGAAAACAGCGCUCGAUGUCGAUUCGUUCAAAAGGUUACUUUUGACGGGUUAUGCCAACAUGCCUGGCCCAGGAGGCGCCACAGCUACAGCGAGCAGCCUGAGCUUGGGAUCUCAGCAGGCUACAGUUCCAGACGGCGCAAGUAACACGGAUGCUAGCUCUGUAUCAAAGCAAUCUAUAUACGAUCCUGCACAGGAUACGCCCAGAACGUCGCAUGAGAUCUCCGAGGCCGAUGAGUCGACCGUUGCUCCAGCCUCUCCUCUGGCCAAUGUGCAACCUGCGUCGGGCCGCAAGCCGCCACCGCCUCCCAGUUCCAGGCACGGGAAACUUAUCAAGAUGGAGCUUGGAGCUAACAAUAAAGUCAAGAAGGGACCGCCUCCAGCCAUCUCUGUCGACACGUCAUCUCCUACCACGGCCCCAAAUCGGAAGUCUAGCACCCAAUCACUCUCGCAGUCUUCACCGCCGUCAAGCUCCGAUAUCAACAAACCGUUGCCUCCACCUCCGUUGCGUGCUUCAGGCGAGGAAGAUGUGGACUCGCCCUUCGACCGAGAGGCUGCAGGGAAGUUGCCAGAGGCUUUCUUAGACCAUACAACAACAACAAGUCCACAACCUCUGGCUUCACCGGCCGGAACGACUCGUCCUCGCUCAGGGUCCCAGACGAGCACACUUACUACCUCGAGUGCGCAUCGGAAGCCCGCUGCUCCUCCUCCCCGGCGUCAAGGCCACGGUAGGACAGACAGCAAGCCGCCGUCUAUUCUGUCAGAUAAGGCUGAAGAUGACCAACCUAGAAGCUCUCUCGAAUCGACUCGGUCCCGAGCCAGCAGUCUCCAGGUGAAUGCUGGCCCAGACAAGCACCAAGCUGCUCCAGCACCACCGCCACCAAGACGGCCGAACCAUACACGGCAGGGCAGUACGCUUGCGAGCCCAUCUACUACAGGCACCACUUACGUUUCCAGUCCGGUAAUAAGUGACGACAGCAGGCCACCAAGCGCGUUGGGUUUUAACCCCAUGGCGCACCAGAACCUAGGAGCAGCGGGCGCUGCGACGCAUAGCAGGGACGUUCUACCAAAGCUGUCACCUCCUCCACCACCCCCAGCUCGCCAUUCUAGUGUGAGAAGACCAUCGGGUAACAGUGUCGAAACUACCUCAUCGCGCAAGGUGAGCCGCGAAAAAGAAGGUGCCGUGGCCAAACCUCCACCACCGCCGCCAAGGGCAAGAGGGAGUAGCAAACCGACUCUUGGUGCCGCAGAUGUGCUUGGCGCAACUGGGCGACCAAGGACUGGAAGUGAAGUAGGCAGAUUGGACGAGGAUACUGCUGCUACAGGCGAAGAGCUCACUCGAGUUGAUUCGGCAGCAGGAGAUGAUAUAAUGGAACAACUAAAAGCACUGCAACAAGAGGUCGAGGCAGCCAGGAAGGUCUCUGGCAGUGGCUGA